AUGGAUUUUGAUUUUGACUUUGAGAAUCUCAUGGAGCCCGAAGAUGAAAUGAGUCCGGAAGAUGAGGAAAAAAUGAGAAAAGAGUCGAUGGAAAAAGAGAAAGAAGAGAGGAAACGAGCAAUAAAUAUGAGAAAAGAGAGAGAAGAAGAAGCAGAACGGAUAAGCCGCGAGAGGUUAAUUGAAGAAACUCGUCCAAAGUCUCUGAAAGCAUCUCUGGAACCAGAGGGAUGGUUCCCAGAUCGCUCAAAAAAUGAGCGCUUCAAAAAGUUGCUGGACCAAAUUGUGGACCAUUUUGUAGAUGGAAACGAACAUUUUGCGGAGGAUAUGAAGAAAAUCAAAACUCCCGGCGCCUUACUGUACUUUGUGGCUGAAAAACACAAGAAACUCAAGUUGGAGAAACAUACCGAAAAGAGUGUCGAAAUUCACGAUUGGCUAGUCUUUUUCGAGCAAUCAGUGAUCAAAUCACUCAAGAAAAUGACCCUCAUCCCUCAAGAAACAAAAAUCGAUGGAAUUGGAAAGCUGUUUGAAGAAAUGAGAGAAAAAUCGAUACGUCUUGCGGCCAAGGCAUUUGAUGGCUCCAAAUUUUUGGAGCAAGCAAUUGAACAGAGAAAGAUCCGAGAAGCGGAAUGGAAGAAGAUUGAGGCAGAAACCAUGGCUUCUGUUCAAAAAUUGAACAUUGCGGAUGAUGGAUUGGCUCAGUUGGUCAAGAACACUGCCAUGGACCACAUCUCGGACCGACCACGAGACACAAGUCCGGAACGCGUCCGUGUCACCCUGGAACAAGUCAAACAGCUCAAUGAGAUGUACAGUUAUCUUCUCUGCGAUUUUUUGGAAAAUCCAGCGGAUCCAAUAGACGAAGAAGAAGUAGGAGGAAAUGGAGAAAGUUCUAGACAUCCAAGAAGACGCAGAAGAUUCUUCGGAGACGAGGAGGAGUAUGAUGGUACGGUGGAGGAGCUACAGUACCUGUUACAACCAACGGAACAAGAAGAAAGCCUCUCGAAAUUGGACAUUUGGAAGCCAUCGCUGCUCUCCAAAGAGCAUCUAUACUCAUAUGAGAGCUCCCCGGAUUUUGAGGCUCCUGGAAACGCUACCAUUGAUUUUGAGGCUCUUGGAGUCCAGAGACGAGUUGCCACGCAUUUUGGACAGAAGCCAACUAGGGAGCAGGAGAAGGAGUGGGCGGAGCAACGGGAUAUGCCCAAGAGGAAGAGAACUUCGAGAGUUCGGUUUGUUGAAUACAACAGCGAGAAGAACCAAAUGCGACUCUUCGUCCGAAGAACGAACCGUAUCGAUCAAAGAGAAUCCUCGGAUUCACCAAUUUCCGAUUUUAUGGAUUUCAGUCUUCGGAAAGGAUCCAACGAAUGCCAGAAAUGUGAAUUUCCGAUGAUUGGGACACGUGAAGGAUUGAGAGGAGCAACUGUCCGGAGAGUUGAAGGAUACAAGGAAGUUCGACAGCAGAGAAUGACCAUCGACACUUCUUCUUUCCAUGUCGGAUGGCGAGGAAACAUUCUCGGAAGAUUCUGGUAUUUCCGGAAUGAUGGUGAACUCUGUGAAUUCUAUCGUCCCCUGGCCAGCGUGGCAAAAACGGACUUCCGGCGGUAUCCUUUGUUUGCAGGAAGUGAAGCGACAGUCAAAGGAGUGCUUAUUUUGACCGAUUGGCGACUGGCAUUUUUGGACCACCAAUGCCUGACCAACGCGUGUGUACAGUAUCUCCCAACGCCAGCUGGAAAAGGAUUCUGGAAGUCGAUGACCGAGUAUGUGAUUCAGUUGAUCCUAGACGCCACUAUCAGCUUCCACAGUAUCAUCUUUGCCUUUGGAGGAGCUCCUAACUUCAAAAAGUCUGAUUUUACGGAAUUCUUCCGAAAUCUUGUCGCCUACACCUCGACGACGUACGACGUCUUCUGGACCGCUCAGGAUUGGUUGGAUGGAUUGGUGAGCCCAUCGAGUCGAGAAGACCAACAAAAAUUGAAUGAUUUCAAUAAUCAUACAAAAGAAUUCUUCGAUACGAUGAAUGCAACUGGACAAAAAAACUACAAAUGGGCCAACAUCAGGAACCGUCCAGGGAUUCCACCAACAAAUAUGGACUGGCUGGGAAAUCAGAAUCCAGCGUCAGUCAAAACAAUAAAUCUCGAUAAGCUCUCGGUCGGUGGUCGGCCGGCGGUCGGCGAUUUUCGACCGACCGAAAUGGAAGCCUUACUUGUCUUGUCUUGCGUUCGCGAAUGCUCGCAUUGUCUCGUCUUGCAAUUUCUCGUUCUCACAAAUGCUCGCAAUUUCUCAUUUCCCGUGCAAGACUCCUACUACUGCUACAUUCGCCACUUUGUGGACAAUUGCAACUGCUACGGUAGCACGUCGUACUUUAAGAAUAAUAUCCCAUUCAUGGACGAUUAUGCCUACAACGACUCGAGAUAUCCACUCAGAAAGUUGGAUUACCAGGAGGAUUUCAGAAUGAUUGACAAUGGAGAAGGACAACAUUUGGGUCGACAAGCAGAUGAAGACGAGUUUUGUAAUUGA